AUGAUGCGCCCGUGUCCAAAAGACAGAACAGACAAAGAGAAGAACACUGCGAUGUUACUGUGUGGACAAGUUCCAGAAGAUGAUGAUCCUGCUGUACAAAGAGGAUCCAGUUCCGACGAAAUGAAGGAUUACCUUCAAGACCGAAGCAAAUAUGUUAAGAUAAACUGCAGGAGUCCGAGGAGCAGCCCGCCUCCCUUUGCUUCCGACAAACCAGAGGCCACAAACCCAAGCCAAGCGCACACCUUUGACCUUUCAGCUGUUCAGGUGAAGAGCGAGGAGCUGGAGGAGCAGUCCCCGGAGGUGCACCACAUUCUCGAUGCUUUAGGCGAAAGCAAAAGCACCGAACCCCAAGAAUACGUCUGCAAAGAUCCCCAACAGAAGCAGGACUUUCACUUCAACCGCCUGCAGCGAAACGGUUACGCCACGGACAACGGCGAGGACUGGGGCAAGACGGCCAGCUCCGAGACACGCGUGGGGUCGGUACAGGACAACGCCAAGGGCUACGAGCAGUACAUCAUCCAUCACGGCGACUUUCUCAGCAGCGGAAAAAUCAGGGAGCAUCAGUGCGGCGUGUGUGGGAAGGUGUUCACGGGGCGGUCGCUGCUGAAGAGACACUCUGUCGUUCACACGGGGGAGAGACCUUUCAGCUGCUCAGUUUGCAACAAGGCCUUCACGCAGAACGCCCACUUGAAGAUGCACAUGUACAUCCACACGGGGAACAUGCCGUACCGCUGCGUGCUGUGCUCGCAAGGAUUCACGCGCCGAGACUUCUACCUCAAACACCUGAUGAAGCACAGGGACAAGCGGCAGGCGAUGGAGUCCCGGCAGUACGACCGCAGGCUGGGUCCCAAGUUCGCCAGGCUCCAGGAGACCGCGGGCGAGGCCAGCGGGAGCCGGGCGGAGGCGAGGGGCGCAAACGUCAUGUGUCUGUUCAGCUGCUCGCUCUGCCAAAGAGGGUUCAUGACCAAAGACGCAAUAGAGAGACACAUGAGGACGCACACGAGAGACGAGGCUGUGGACUAA